CUAGUGUGCAGCUACAUGACGAGAAUGACAGGCCAAAGAAGCAGAAUACUAAUCAAAGGAGGAAAAGUUGUGAAUGAUGAUUUCUCUACUGUCAGUGAUGUUUACAUUGAAAAUGGGAAAAUUAUUGAUGUUGGAUCAAAUCUCCAAAUCCCAUUGGGAGUGCGAGUCAUUGAUGCUAAGGAUAAACUGGUGAUACCUGGCGGCAUCGACACCCAUACCCACAUGGAGAUGGCUUUCAUGGGCACCAAAGCAGUUGAUGACUUCCAUACUGGCACCAAGGCUGCUCUGGCAGGAGGGACCACCAUGAUCUUGGACUUUGUCAUCCCCCCUAAGGGUACAUCCCUGCUGGACGCCUAUGAAGGCUAUCGGAGCACAGCCGACCCCAAAGUUUGCUGCGACUACUCCUUCCAUGUGGCGGUCACAUGGUGGAGUGAACAGGUCAAGAAAGAAAUGGAAACAUUGGCCAAAGAGAAAGGAGUCAAUUCCUUCAAGAUGUUUAUGGCCUAUAAGGACGUGUUCAUGCUUGGAGACCGUGAGCUGUAUGCCGCCUUCUCCCAGUGCAGAGAGAUUGGAGCGAUCGCUCAGGUUCAUGCAGAGAAUGGAGACCUCAUUGCAGAGGGUGCAAAGAAAAUGCUGUCCAUGGGCAUCACAGGUCCAGAAGGCCAUGAGAUGUGUCGCUCGGAGCAGGUGGAGGCCGAGGCCACUCAGAGAGCCAUCACCAUUGCCCAUGUUGUCAACUGCCCCCUGUAUGUGGUCCACGUCAUGAGCAAAUCUGCUGCCAAUGUGAUUUCUAAGGCACGCAGAGAUGGAUGUGUGGUAUUUGGGGAGCCCAUUGCUGCUGGGCUGGGCACAGAUGGCACUCAUUACUGGCACAAAGACUGGGCCCAUGCUGCCAGUUUUGUCAUGGGCCCUCCCCUUAGACCUGACCCCAGUACCCCUGGGUACUUAAUGGACCUGUUGGCCAAUGAUGAUCUCAGUGUUACUGGGACGGACAACUGCACCUUUUCUUUGUGCCAGAAGGCCUUGGGCAAGGACGACUUCACCAAAAUCCCUAAUGGAGUAAAUGGUGUAGAGGACAGGAUGUCUGUCAUCUGGGAGAAGGGUGUGCAUAGCGGUAAAAUGGACGAAAAUCGAUUUGUGGCUGUCACCAGCAGCAACGCUGCAAGAAUCUUCAACUUCUACCCUCAGAAAGGCCGUAUCGCCAAGGACUCCGAUGCUGAUGUGGUUAUAUGGGACCCAAAGCUGACGAGGAAGAUAUCAGCCAAGACCCAUCACCAGGCUGUGGACUACAACAUUUUUGAGGGCAUGGAGUGCCACGGUGUCCCCGUCGUUACCAUCUCCAGGGGCAAAGUGGUGUACGAGAAUGGUGCAUUGAAUGUUACCCCGGGGGAGGGCAGGUUUAUCCACCGACAGCCCUUCGCGGACUUUGUGUACAAACGAAUCACACAGAGGAAGGAGGUGAGGAAACCUACAGCUGUGAUUCGAAAGCCCUAUGAAGGAAAGGUCAUAUGAACCGCUGACCCACACCCGGCCAGAAGGUCUGCUGCAGGGUAAUGCAGCGCCACGGCUGCCAGUCUCCAGCUACACUUCUACAGUACAUCAGAGACCAGGGUCUGAACGUGGCAGACAGGCUUAAUGCUCUUUCACUGCUACGAGCAAGUUAACCAGUUCAGCCAUUCAUUUUCUUUUUUUCCCCACUUUGUACCCAUUUCUUUAACUUGUACACUACGCAGCUGUUUCAAAUCACCCUAUCGAGUAAGACGGUAGGCUGUUGGUUCACGGGUCAGCUGGGAUUAUCACUCAGGUCAAUGCCCUUUGGUCAGAGAAUAUGUUUGUUAUUGCUCCACUCUGCAGAGCAUUGGCUUCCAGGUCAACACUGAACACAGCCAAAGUGACACAAAUGCCACUCUUUACAAAUGGCGCUCCAUUCAUAAAUUAUGUAAUGGUGUGGUUCAUUUUAACAAAGAUAUGGUUUGAUGUCGGGCUUCCUUGUCAAAAUGGACAAUUAAAAUGUGACAAUUCAGUGAUAUAUUCCCAUUCUAUAAAAAUUAAAACAAAAGAGACAAAUAA